GCAGCCUCGGAGCACAUUCGGCAUUCCAUGUUUACAAAAUGCUCGGAAUAACCAGCCAUAAUCAAGGAUAUUGUCCGUGUUGUGCAUAAUAUGUGUAAGCCAUUGUGAUGUGCCUGUACAAAUGGAAUAUUACUUACACUGGAUGUAAAGACGUCGAGCCGAUUUGUUUAUACACAUUGUGUGGGUUUACCUGUAUGUCGGGCCAAACUGAAUAGUCAACGUACGCUAUAAUUAUCAUGGCCGACUGUUGAAGUGUCGUGCUAUUUCUCCAGCCUGUGUGCCCAGCCCUGCAGUGUUCCCGCCGCCGUCGAUGAUGUUGAUAUGUGUAUGAGCGAUGCCUGCGGGUGGCGACACCUACGAUGACCACGCCCUGAUGCAGUCGUACCAGCUGCAGACCAAUGAAUCUUUCAACGUUGCUGACGAAUCUGCAGCCAGUAUACUGAAGUCUGUGAAAGCACAGGAGGCACAGUUUGAGCGUCUGACGAGAGAAUUAGAAGUAGAGAGAGAGAGCGUAGCUCACCAGCUGAAUCAGCAUAGACUAGGUAGUGACUCGGGGAGCAUGACGAGCGCGGACGACUCGUACAUGUGGCGAGGGCAGCCCUCGUCCCAGCAGACGUCGUACUACGAGGAUGACCCAAGUCACUUGGCCGAUACCUCUAAAAUGAGCUCGCAUCUAUUGGACUCUUGUCUGCGAGAACUGGAGGACAGGGGCACACUGAACACUGGGUACGUGCGUGAGGACGGCAGGAUGGACUACAUGCACGAAGACCCGUACAGCGGCCACUACAACUCCAGUCCGGGAAUGGGCUACGGAGGCGGGAACUAUGGCAACCCCAACAUGUCGUACGACCGAGAACACUCCCCACAUGGCUCCCACGUGUCUCUGCAGAGUGCUGGCAGCAACCGGGGCCGCCAGACUAAAGUGCCGACUGUGUCCCGUAUCAUCGCCAGUGAGGAGUUGGGUCCCCGCGGAUCACUCAGCUCCCUGCCCCAGGAACAGCAGAACGGCAACUAUGCCACGUACCAGUCCAUCAGCCGCCACGGAGACGGGAUCCGCGGCUCACCGCUCCCGAGAGAUCAGUACCCAGGCAGUAGAGGUAGUUACAACACGCCAUCGGAGUUGGGCGCCCCUUACCGAGGCGGACAACCGACCUACGGGGAUUACGAUGACCGAUACCCCGAACCACCCCUUCCAUCAGACCCUUACAGGGAGAUUCCGUUAGACGAUUCCCAGCACCAGGCCUUGCCUCACGGUGACCCCUACAAUGGAGGUCAUCCAGACGAAAUCAACAGAUCAUACGGAGAUCCCCAGUACCGAGAUCAGCCUUAUGAUGAUGAUGGUUACCGAGGACCUCCGCGCUAUGAUGAACACGAUGCCUCUCGAGACGCUGAUCCUCAUUAUGGAGGUCACCCCGACGACUCAUUCAGAGGGCCCACCGAGGUACCGGGAUACCGGAACAGUUACCAGGAUCCUCCAUACGACUCCUACGGGUCUCGACCGGGAGAAGAUUAUGGACAUCUUCCCGAAACAGGAAAUGAGCCUCAAUAUGGAGGCAGCUAUCAAGGUCAUCCAGAUGACCCAAAUACUGACCCCAAUGACCCUCGGUUUAGGGAGAACUACCAGAACAAUCCCGAGGAUCCGUAUGGAGAUCGGCAUGAAAACCCCUAUGGGGGUUCGAUAGGACCUCAAGGGGAUGUGGAUGACCCCCGAUACCGGAAUAGUUACCAAGGUCAUCCAGAUGACCCCUAUGCUGAUAGACCCGGUGACGAUCCUGAUUUGAUCCGACGUAUGCAAGGGUUGCCUCCCUUGAGGAAAGACCCGUUUGCCGAUGAUCCCUUCCAGGAGACUCGGAAUGGAAGUUAUCCCGGGCUCCGGCCCGGCGAGGAGGAUCCGUACAACCGCGGACCGUCUCCGUCACAAGGACCGGGACCCUCUCCAUACGAGGAUCGUGGGCCCCCCUUCCGAGAUGAGUCUUACGAUGACCGUGACGGCGGGCAGCCACCGUACGACUCCAGUGCUCCUCCACACUACGACUACAGCGACAGCCACGACUAUCCCGACAAAACACCCCAGCCCUAUUAUCCAGAAGAAGAUGUCCACAGAACUGAGGCUCCUGUUGCUUCAGCGCCACCUGUGAAUGAUUAUAACUCUGAAGGGCGGAGAACUCCGACAGAUAAUCGGUCUGGAUCAUUCCGGUGGCGCAACCCUGACCUACAGGAAGUGAUAGACUACUUGGGUCACCGUGACAACGAUAUCAAAGUCCAUGCAGCCGCCUAUCUCCAGCAUCUCACCUUCAUGGAUGAUGGAAUCAAAGCAAAAACAAGAGGCCUUGAUGGAAUCCGUCCCCUGAUCCAGCUGCUGAGCAAUGACUUCCCCGAGGUCCACAAGGCAGCGUGUGGAGCCCUGCAGAACCUGUCCUACGGCCGGACCAACGAUGAGAACAAGAAAGCAAUCCGUAACGAGGGCGGCAUCCCGGAACUCAUCCGACUCCUGCGGAAGUCUCACGAAGACGAUGUGCGGGAGUCUGUCACGGGCGUGUUGUGGAACCUCUCGUCAUGUGAGGAGCUAAAGAAGCCUAUAAUCGAUGAUGGUUUAGCAGUAAUUGUGAAUGUAGUUAUAAUUCCACACUCGGGGAUGGACCGGACGGGGGCAACGCCGUACCGGGACCACGAACCCUGGACCACAACGUUCCGGAACGCCACGGGGGUGCUUCGGAACGUCAGCUCAGCUGGGUUUGAUGCCAGGAAGAAAAUCCGAGAGUGUCGCGGCCUCGUCAAGGCGCUGAUCCACACCCUGAAGAUCGCAACAGAAGGAGAUAUGGACAAUAAGCCUGUGGAGAACGUUGUCUGUAUUCUCAGGAAUCUCUCAUACAGGAUCCAAGAAAUUGAAGAUCCUGACUUCUACAAGAAGAGGACGUUACCACGGAACCGAGCUCCGCCAGAGAAAGCAGGUGACAGUACGGGAUGCUUCGGUGGCGGAGGCAAGAACAAGAAAGGUGUACAGAAGAAGGGAGGAAAUGAACCCAACAGUCCGAAUCAAAAGACCCAGCCCACAUUCCCUCAGACUGCCAUCGAGUACAAGGGGCUGUGGGGAGCGGACGUCGUCCACCUCGACUCACUGCUGCUCAAGAAUGCAUCCAACCCUGUCACACUGGAGGCAGCUGCUGGUGCCAUACAGAAUCUGACUGCUUGCGACUGGCAGCCGGCUGUGGACAUCCGAGCCCUCGUACGGAAGGAGAAGGGUCUCCCGAAUCUCGUGGACUUGCUGACCUUUGAGAACGACCGUGUGGUAUGUGCAGCCGCGACAGCCCUGCGAAAUCUGGCCAUCGACGAACGCAAUAAAGAACUUGUUGGUAAAUAUGCCAUGCAACAGCUGGUGAGGAAACUUCCCGCACAUCGGCAGAUGCCGGGUCCGGUGGCGCCGGACGACACAUUAUGUGCUGUCAUAGCAACGCUGUAUGAGGUCAUAAAAAAUAAUCAAGAUUUUGCACUGUCGUUGAUGACUGAAAACGGCAUUCCACGCCUUCUGAACAUCACCAAGUCAGAAAACCAGUACCUUGCCCGAACUGUCAAAUACGCACACACGGUGAUGCGGACGAUGUGGACAUUCCGAGCCCUGCAUCCAGAGUACUCCCGGAUGGGGCUCACGGAGAAGGACUUCCUGAUGUUCACAGCUGCUUGCAGAGCGGAGGGCUCAAAGUACAGCAACUUAAGCAGUAGUGUGAGUCCCGUGGCCAGUAACCAUACCACCCCAUACAACACGCUAAACAGACCAAUCAGUGCUCAGGGUUAUGAUGACAACACGCUGUCUCCGGGACGACCGUUGCAGAAGCGUCCUAACAACAGCAACGAUCACAGUCACAAUGAGGCUGAUGGCUACUUCUCAAUGAACCAGAGCCACUCACAUCUAAAUGAUCACGAUCGACACAACUAUUCCCAUGACAGUAGACAGGAUGACAUACCCAUGACGGACCUUGGCCCUGGUUAUGCCCCCCUCGAGGAGCCACAGCCACCCCCCCACAGAAACAAGCCACCAGUCGGGGGUGUCGCCCUCUUCCCAAACAUGCAACAGGAGCCAGCCGACCAGUCCGGGGAACCAUUGUAUGCAAAGGUAAACAAGAAGGGCCAGCGUCGUAACGAUGACUACGUACACUCCAGUAAAGUCAUGCUGGACGCGGGGGGAGGACCACAGGGCGGGGCCGACUCCUGGGUGUGAUCACAUGACCCUGCUGUCAUCUGUUAAGUCAUGCACUGAACCAAGGGAGAUAACCCUUGUCCAGGGAAGGAACUCCUGUCCAUUGGAAGUUUUUAUGUCUGCAGAUAAAACUUUGAAAAGUGAAAACAGGGGAGGUAACUCUGUACAUACUGCAGUGUUGUGGACGUUUUUACGACAUAUCUGCAUAAAAAACAGCGGAAAUUGUAAUAAUCUGUGAAUUCACAUGUCAAAGGAUCAUUUGGAAUUGAUUACAUAAGCUUCUUCGUGAUAUCGACUGUGGAUGUACCGAGGAAUGUGCUUGUGCCCAAACCUGUCAUGGGUGUUACUGAUUCGAAGGAUCACAGCCCUCAGACUGUGUGCCGACUCAAUACAGGUUGUUAACUGACGACAUUGCGCGGAGGAUAUGUGAUGUUCUCUCAACCCCUUCUGUUUUGACUCAAAAGGAUGUGUGAUAGUACAGAAUAAUUUUAGCUGUAGUCAGAAAUAUUGUAUAUACAUGGAGCGCUGACGUUAACUGAUUGUACAGCUACUUCUGAUGCCAGGGUUGUCAGACCGGUACUGGAAUCACUGUGACAGACUUUGUGUAUGCACACCAUAAUAACCAUGGCAAUGUGCGUGCCCAACGAGGUGUAUCAGAUUUGUCUAGUAAUAUUCAGUUAUUUUCUAAUUUCGUAUUUCAUCUAGCACACAGGUGUUGAUGUGUGGGAUGCGAGUACAGUUCAUGCAUGUUCAUGUCAGGAGUGAAUAUAUGUCAUCGUUUUAAGACACUGUAGCAUUACACGGAGUGCAGACGUACACAGCAGAAGAUAUAUAUUUUUCUAUGAAUCAAGUUGCUUUGUUUUUGUAGCUGCUGCUAUCUCACAUAUCCAAGUCUGUCAUAGAAUAUGUAUAGUUAUCUCCCUUUGAGGGACUUGAAUGCCAUGCAAAUGUCUCCUUCUGGAACUCUAAUUCCACGUUAAACGGAGUUGUCCCCCUUUCUUGAACUCUUCUAAUGUCAUGUUUAUGGAGUUAUCUCCCUUUGAGGUCAUUUGUGUUUGCUGCACAAAGGUAUCUCGCAUUGUUUCAACCAAAUCCGACUUCUCCGAGUAGAAAACAUCAGACUGUUAGUGGUUUCCUUGUAAACAGUUUGUGAUGGGCAAUGAGCCAUACCUUUGUGUAAAGAAAGGCCUCCCUGACACAGGACUGACGUCCUUGGAUUAGAUUGUCCAUAUCUGAAACAUGUAUAUAAUCAUGUGACAAUGGUUUCUUCUGCUCCCUUUCUUCUGCACCUGUGUCAGGUUCUGCGACAACUCCACUUCUGUCUGUCCUCAUAUCCUGCUUGCACUCCAGCUUCGUAGUCGGUUAGCAAUAUAUGAUAGAGUAUUAAUACCGUAAUCCACACUUCUUGUCCUUCCUGUGGUAAUCAGUAGGAUCGGGCCUCAUCAGGCGGACAUUUCCACUUGGACUACACUGUGAUUCUUGGAUGGUGGUGUGCAGGAUGUCAUACGAUUCUGAUACCACCAGUAACACGUCCCUGAUGUAGAACUGAACCCAGAAAGCUGUCCCAUAGAGCCUUCUGGAACAAAGAUUCCAAGUCUAAAAUAUAUAAAAGUAGUUUUGGAAUGAUUUUGGUUUGUGACAACAUGUAUAAAGAAAUUCUGUAAAUUAUUGGAAUCCUUCUGGAUAUUUGUCAACAGUAUGCAGUAUUUAUUGUUGAAUAAUCAUCUUGGAGAAUUUGCGGAAGUCCCUUUUGAAGAGUUCUCUCCCCUUUGACAGCAAGCUUGUGACGUAACCAGUAAUUGCCCUUUAACAGAAAACCUUGGACAUUAAUUCCUACCUGAAGAUAUUGUUUUUCUCAGAUGCUGUUUACAGCCGCUGGGAUGAGAGAUUAGGACAAAGUAAAGUUCUUGUGUGAUAAUAAUUGAUAUUUACACUUUGAAUUAUAUUCAAGUAUGAAUUUCCUCUUUAAAUGCAAGUAUGUGUUAGAACGAACAUGUUACAGCUUAACUGGUGAUACAGCACACCUCGACUGCCAUAUUCUGCAUUAAUGUAGGCCAUUUCUCCUAUUGUUAUCUUCAGCUGCAACACGGCAAGUUUGUCAGGACACUAUCCCACUUUGAGCCUAUGCACAAGUAACCGAUGUCUGCUCAAAGACCUGAUUAUGUUGUGAUAAUUAUGAACCUUUUCAUAAAUCUGUUUUUUUUAUGUGAAUAAAAAUGAACAUUUCUCCAUAAUUCAGUGUUUUCCAGUUUUUUUAUUACCAAGAUAAAUGUGUGUAUGUGAUAUUAUGUAUAGAAAGAAAUUUAACUGUUAACACGAUAGAAUAAAAAAUGUUCUGCAUGACAUAUAUUUUAUGAAAACAAUUGUCCUUAGAAAUGCUCUGUACACAACCGUUUCAAAAGAAAUUGUUUUAUUUAAAGACUGUUAUUGAAUGAUUUUAGAAUAUAUAUACAUAUUGUUUUGAGUGAAAAUGGUUGGAUAAAGAGCAUUUUUGUACAUCUCUUAUUCAAUAUUCUUACAUAGGACAGAAUCUUUCUGAUGACACCAUUGACUUCUAAGGCUCUGCGACUUAAUUCUCAGAAUAUUAAUCCAGUCUGAUUUAUGAACAAUGUAUGUGAAGUGGUGAAGAGCCAGCCUCAGACCACUGCAGCCAGGGUUGGUUGCCAUGGAGACGCGUCUCGUUCACCAACCAUCCUGUUGUCUUGCCCAUUAAAAUCAUUUGUCGUGUCGUGUAUCAUAUCAUUUUGAGAAAUAAUAAAUUUUUCCAGAUAA